CACUUUUUAUUAAGAAAGCCAAAAAUUUAUAAUAUAAAGAUAGUAAAGAAUGGCGCCUAGCUAUGGACCAGGCCUUCCUAGGAUAAAGGGAAGAAGCCGUGUUGUGAAUUUGGAGAAGUUUAAGGGAGUAGAAAGUGUUUAUUUUCCAGAAAGUCGAGGAUCAUUGAAAAAUUUGCAGCAUGUUCCGUGUAAGUUUCAUAAGCAGGGAGUUUGUACGGGUAUGUUUUUUUUAAAUAGAAAAGGGAAUUUGGAGGGCUCCUAUGGAUUUUUUAUAAGAAAAAAAGCUUUGGAAUUGAGGCUGAUUGUGGGUAGCUGGAAAGAAUUGUCCGUUCUCCCAUAAUUUGGAUUUGGAUUUAGAACGUGCUCCGUGUAAAUAUUUUCAAAAGGGUUGAAGGGUUUGAAGUAUGGAUAGGAUGAAUGGCUGAUAUGGUCAGGAAAUUGUAAAUUUGGGACAAAAUGUGCGUUGGCGCACGUUUAUAUUGACGAGGAGAAGCGCAUUGAUGGUCAGACGCAUGGAUUUCCAUAUGGUUUAAAUUAUGGGGUUAUGAAUGAAAUACAGUCGAAUACUUCGGGAGUUUAUAAUGGUCUUCUGCAAGAAACGCUUCAAAAUGUUUCAACUCCACAUAAGGAAUAUAAUUUUUUUAUGGAUCAUGAAUUGUCAAUCCCACAUACGUUGUUUUUAAAGGAAAACCAUACACCGGUUUCAUAUCCUUUAACACUUGACAAUAAUUCUGACCUUGUUUCUCCCUCAUUAAAACUAGCUAAAAGUGCUUCUUUACAUGAAAUACAGUUACCAUCGAAUUUUGAUCAUAACAAAUCUUAUUUUUCGUCUUACGAACCUUAUGUUAACUCUGUUUCUACAAAAUUUGAUUGUCCAGAUAUAUCAUCUUUAUCUCUUUCUGGACAAAGUACAAUAUAUUCACCUUUACAGGAUAGAAAUACCACUUUUUCACCUCUUUUAAACAAUUCAAAGUCUAUUUUUUCUGAUGAUUCCUUUUCAUUAAAAUCUGAAAGAUCAUUAAAAGCGGAAAAUUAUUCAACACAGUCUAUCUUUACGAAAAAAUAUCCAGAAAAUAAUAAUCUACAUGAUACAUCAUUCAAUUUUUCGGUUAAAGACAAUUGGUCUGGUCCGUGGAAAAAUUCAACUACCCUUCAAAGUAAUAGUAAAACUUCUCCUAAAUCUUUAUUUAAUGAUAAAUUACGCCUACCUGUUUCACAAAAAUCAUAUACCUUUAAUGAAUCUCAAUCUCAAAAAACUGAUGAGCAUGAAACAACUUCUAAUAUUAAUUUUCUUUCAAAUCCAUCCAGCUUUGGAACAUCUCCAUCUUCCAGAUUUUGUACAUUUUUUUCUAAAUAUAACGAUUACUCCGAUAAUUUGACUUUGAAAUGUUCUCCUGGAUCGGUACUAUAUCAUGAUCAUAUCCAACCUUAUCAUAAUGAUUAUAAUUAUUGUCAAACAAAUGAGCUUCAGAUACCAAGCGUAUUGCUAAAUUCGGCAAAAAAUAAUGUUUUUCAUUCCAAAGAUAUUUCUAUUAUACCAGAGCAAAAAUCACUAGAAAAUCUUAAUAAGAAUUCUUCACUACUCAGUACUAACGAUAUUAUUAAACGAUCUGUUGCUACAAUUGAUGAUGAAAUACAAUUCGACAUGGAUGAAGAGAUUUCUCAAAAUAUUUCAUAA